AGGAGUUUGGAACGCCUGUGGAGACCCGUACGGGAAGAAAAACGCGCGACGCCUUGAAGGAUGAUGCGACCGGUCUGGAUUUUCGGUGUCGCACUGCUGAUACAGGCACUGACGCUCGUGAAGACUCAGCGGUAUUCAGGUCUCGAGGAUUUUCGUUACCCACAUCCUGCACGCCAGCAUGUGGGGCUACUUGGAGGCAUUCGGCCGAGCCGGUCGAGCUUGGUGUCGGCGCGAUGCGUGAACCCUCGCCUCUACUUUCGCAACGGCCUCACGAAACUGCGGUUCCGAGGCCGCGUCGUCAAGUACAUCUGCCGACCGGGUUUCUCGCUGUUCGGUGACUCGGUGUCCACGUGCAACGCCGGACGAUGGGACAGGCCCGUACCCAUAUGCGCAGCCCCCGGUUGCCGCCUUCCGAGCCGGGACCUGCUUCCCCGCGGAACGGUGGAGAACGUCCGUGGCCGGGGCCUGAUGCUGCGCUUCCGGUGCCGCCUCGGCUACAUGCUUCGAGGAGGCGCGACGGCCUUCUGCGACGGCCGCGCCUGGAACGGCUCGAGACCCGUAUGCGUCCCGAGCAUUUCGGACCCCGACCCGUCGUGCGACUUCGAAGCGCUGGACCAGUGCGGCUGGUCAUCCGAUUUGAGUGGCGGAACGCAGUUCUCGCGGCAGCACGAGAGCGAAGACGAUGACGUCGAACCCGCCGACAACGUCACCAGUUCGGUUGCGACCUCUGGGUCUUCGCCCUCCGGCCAUUACAUGGCCCUGGAAAGCCUCGGUCAUCGACUGGCGCUUCAGGACCUAAACAUUCCGGCCAAGUUGGUGUCGCCCCCUUACCGGCCUCUCAGGUUCCGGGCCUGCUUCCGUUUCUGGUACCGCCUCUCCUGCAACCUCUGCACUCUACAGUUGCUGCUGUGGAAUUCGACUGACCAGAUACCCCUGUGGAGCUCAUACGGACCACGCAAAGGCGGCUGGGCCAGCGUCGAAUUGCCGAAGACCUUCGAGUAUUUCCAGCUCGUUUUCGCGGCGCGCACCCGACAGCCAGGUGAGGGAGGCGUGGCCAUCGAUGACGUCAGGCUCGGUCCGGAAUGCCAAGACGUGCCCACCGCUGAACCGCCACCGGCCACAACCACACUGUUGCCGGAUGACGUCACGACCGAGCUUG